AUGUUAAAGAAUGGAUAUGCUCCCGUUGAAUUUUAUCUUGAGGGGACAAGAAGCCGCACAGCAAAGACUUUGACUCCAAAGUUUGGUCUCCUCAAUAUUGUGAUGGAUCCUUUCCUUAAAAGGGAAUUGUUUGACAUUUACCUUGUCCUGAUCAGUAUCAGCUACGACAGGGUGUUGGAAGAAUCCCUUUAUGCACACGAACUUUUAGGAGUCCCUAAACCAAAAGAAUCUACAUCGGGACUCUUGAAAGCCAGGAAAAUCCUGAGUGAUGAUUUUGGAAGCGUACACAUAUUUUUUGGACAGCCUGUAUCACUCAGAUCGUUGGCAGCUGGGAGAAUCGAUACCUGUUCAUUUAACUCGGUUCCAAGGCAUAUUCCCCAAAAGCCAUCUGAGGAAAUCCAGCAAUUUGCCUGUGAUGUAGCCUACAAAAUGGAACUCCUACAAAUAGAAAACAUGGUUCUGAGCCCAUGGAUAUUAGUUGUUGCUGUCCUACUCCAGAAUUUACCAGCCAUAGAUUUUGAGCUUCUGGUUGAAAAGACACUUUGGCUAAAAGGUUUAAAAGGGAGAGCCAGUGUGGUGUAG